GAAAUUUGUGUACAAAAAGUGGAAGCAAGAAUCGAAUUUAUUAUUGAAUUGACAGUUCUCAUUGAUACAGAAAAAGAAACAAGCCUUUCACUUCGCCACCGCGACAACAUUUGAACUAAAAGACUAUUGAAAAUCGAAAGUCUCUUUCUCUUUCCAACAAUUCACUAUUUUUACCAUUAUAAUCCACAAUAUCUUCAAAAUAAAUAUCAAUGCUCAGCAGUAAUCAAUAACCUAUACCCAAUUAGACAUCGAAAGUGACUAUCGAGUGAAUAAUGACAAACGACAAAGAUUGUAUAAUCGGCGACUAUCUAUUUGGAUACAAUUCCGUCCAAAUGAUUACAAUUAAACGAUUGCGUUCCACGUCAGUAAAUAUUUGAAAAAAAAAAAAAAAAAACAGCACGCCUGUUUCUCUGUAAUAAAUGUCCAAGUAUGCUUCUCGCAUGGCUUGACAUCAAAUCAAUGGGUUUGUAAUGACAAUCCGAGUGAAAUUUUCAUAACUUAACUUUCCGGCGUUAUGCAAAAAAGCCUAUUCCAAUGUUCCGUUCCAAUGUAGUUGCUUCAAGCUUCAGUCAGUGAUUGUCAGUCUAUCCAAGACAUUCUGUAACCAAACCAACUCUCAACUUUCCGCUGAAAUCAUGUGCUAACAAAAUAAAAGUGUUCAAAAUGAAUCUAGUUAACAUUUUUGGUGUCUUAAUUCUGUUUCUUUCAAAAGUGCUCGCGGAAGAUCAAAAUGUGACGGCAACUAAAGAGACUCUGUACACUUUAGAGUUUCCUGGUAGCCUAGAAAAUGAAACCGAGUUGAUAGAAAUUGAUUUCGCGGACAAUAUAAGGGACAAAAGGGCCCUGGGGAUCAUUUUGCAAGGUUUGGUUCAAGCUUUAGGCUACAACACAACGCCAAUUCAGAUUGCUUCGUUGCCAAAUUCUGGAUCAAUGCAACUCGGACCAAUAACGCUGGACCUACGGAAUGCUCGAGUGGUCAAUUCAAGCCCCAAUCCUGCUCCAACGAUGGCCACAGCUGCAAACUCUCCAAGACAAAGAGAAACUUUGCGAUUUACUGGAGUAGUGAAUUUUGGAAAUGGAACAAACAUCGCAGAUCACUUAAGAAGGUACGAAGGGAUCUUCCACGGAAAUGGGACACCUCCUGCAGCUCCUGUAGCUCCUACUGCAGCUCCUACUGCUGCUCCAGUACCUCCAAGUCCCCUACCAUUAUUGCAACCAGUGUUUUUUCCAAUUCCAAUUCCUCUAGCCGAAAAUCUGCGAUACCCAAAGCCGCUGCUUUCGGUUGUUUCAACCGCACCUUCUGCAACCGAUCCACCAAAUCCCGUUCUAGACCCACGAGUCCCUUCAAAGCCGCAACCUAAACCCACACCUGCACCAGAAAGUAUUGAAGAGCGGCCCAGUUCUGCAGAAAGUGGAGAAAAAGACUUGAGUGGAAAUGGGUAUCAGAAAAAUGAGUCUCAAGAGCUUGAAGACGAAAGGGAGGCAAGUAAGGAGACUGAAGGGAAUCAGGUGGAUGAAAACGAAUCUAGUGAGGAGAUGAUGGCCAAGCUGAAGGAGUCGUUAAGCAGCCCGGAAGAGUAUGCUCCGAAGUUUCCCAAAUUUUCGAAAGGAUUUGGACUGAAUUUGCCGAUAGAAAUCAAACCUUUCCGCGGACAAUUGAUGAAUAGUUACGGUCACAGUUUGGAACACGAUGGAAAAAUUGAUCCUAGUGUUGCGGACUUUUUUGCCAAGUACAAAAAUCCGAGGACUGGAGUCUUCGAGCCGCUGAAGAUCGAUGUUCCUGAAGACUCGGUGGAAAAGCUUCCGGAGAAGUAUUUGAACAAGCAGAAUAAGUAUGAGGAGUAUGAUCUUAAGGAUGAGAAGGAUGAUGAGAUUCAGAAUGUUUCUAAUGAAGAUUUGAGGGAGGAGAAUUAUGAAGAUGAUAAUGAAGAAGAAGAAGAAGAGGGUGAGGAAGAAGAUGAGGAAGAAGAGGAAGGAAAUGUUGCGGCUGAAAUGUUAAAGGAAAUGCAGAAUCAAAAAUCUGUAAGGCAACCUCAGCAGAAUUUGCAAAAUGUUCCACAGUAUAAUCAAAAUUCUGCAAUUUCGCCAGGAAAUGAUGCAAGGGUUCAAAAUGUUCCUUUUGGAGGGCAACCUUACAAUAAUUUUGGAAACUUGAAUCCUUAUUACAAGCCUGUGCAAUAUUUUUACUCGCCAGAUUCGCUUGAAAGAACUGCACAGCGCGUUGCUUCAUAUCAGAAUGAUCCGAAUUUCGUAAAUAUGAAUCAAGGAUUUCCACCAAGCGGAGAGGCUUUCAUCAGAGCUAAUCCGGAAUAUCUGGGCCCGAGGAUUGCUAAGAGGAUAGCGGCGAGGGACCAGAAUAUCUCGACCAAUAAAGGAGGAAAUAUUGUGAGCACAAUUGGUGAUAAAAGAGAUCAAAGGGAAGAGCCAGUUGUUAGAACUUUGUCGCAAACUUCUAGAAAGUUAGAAGAAAAAAUUACUGUUUCAAGGUCCAGUUCGCCGAAAAGAAGAGAUAGUUUGGCUUCAACUUCAACGUCGAAUCCUCGAAAUGAACCUACUUCAACUUCAACUCCUGUGAGUCCCAGGAGAGCGCCAGCUUCAACUUCAGUUCCGGUUUCUUCAAGGGAAGAAACAAAACGAAGAACAGAUCGGAGACGAAGCGGCGCUUCUGGGUCUAGAAAUAGAAAUCCCGAGAUUGUGAAUGAGAAUAGAGGUCAAUUCUCGACUCCUAUUAAUGUGAAGAGAAAUGUUGACUCAACUCGGUCAGUUCGCGGUCGAUCGAGAAACUGAAGAUUGUUUUGUAAUCUUUUGUUGUAAUAAAAAAAUUUGUGGAGAUAUUAGACAAAAAGGAGGAAAAGCUACGGCAGAGUAAUUUAGAAAGCAGGAUGACUGAAAUAUUAGAUAAUUUGAAAAGUCGAUUGUUAACUGAGUAAUUAAUUCAAUAAAUUAUGUUUAAUGGAA